UCAGUGUUGCUGUCAUCCGCAGCGCCAUAUUAGACGUAAUUUUUUCAGCAAAGAGCCCACUUUGCUAGAGAAAAACUAUAAUCAUGGCUUUCGGCGACUAUCCAGCUGAAUAUAAUCCAAAGGUUCACGGACCCUACGAUCCAGCCCGUUUUUAUGGCAAACCCGACACUCCAUUCAGUCAACUGAAAGUAUCCGAAAUUGGAGCAUGGUUGGGUCGCCGUGAAAAAUCGCCUCGUGCCAUAACUGGUGCAUUCAGUCGUGCAUGGUGGCGCUGGAAUCAUAAGUACGUUCAGCCGAAACGAGCUGGCAUCGCUCCAUUGUUCCAACUGAUUGUCGGCGGUAUGGUGUUCUUUUAUGCUAUCAAUUACGGCAAAAUAAAGCACCACCGAAACUACAAAUAUCACUAAGCGUUGGUCUUGUGUGUAUACCAGUCGUCAGUUGCGCUUGUCAAACGUUUAUUCAAUUUGGAAUGGUUAAAGCGGAAUUUAAAAUCUAACAUCAAAUAUUCACAUAGCGUGUUGUAUUGAGUUAUAUACUAAGCAAAAAUAAAAAUUCAAGAUAGCACAUAGUGUAAUUGGGAA